ACACUGUCGUUUCUCUCCCCUGGUACCCAGGCCGGCCAGCUAAUCCGUACGCCUUUCCUCUGAACCCCUGACGAGUGGCUUUGUCUCGAGCUGCGGAAGCCAACGGUAGGAAAUUCUUCUUUCACUUAAAGGGUGGGUAUUCCGGGAAGAGGAUGGCAGGAGAGAUUUCAUUGGAGGAGGGGGAGAAGGAGCAUUCUUGGGAGAUUUAGAGCAAAGAUAGCCAGCUUAGCUUCUUCUAUGGCAAGGGAACUCCUGAUAAUCCUUCUGCUGCUCCUCUUGCUCUUCGCUGGGCUUUGCAGAGGGAGCAAAAUUGGCGUCUGCUAUGGCCGGAAUGCUGAUGACCUCCCGACACCUGACAAAGUUGCACAACUGGUCAAGCUUCAACAGAUUAAGUAUGUUAGGAUCUAUGACUCCAACAUCCAGGUUAUCAAGGCCUUUGCCAACAUUGGCGUGGAGCUCAUGGUCGGGGUCCCGAAUUCGGACUUGCUUGCCUUCUCGCAGUACCAGUCCAAUGUCGAUACUUGGCUUAACAACAGCAUACUUCCCUAUUACCCGGCGACUAUGAUCACCUACAUUACAGUUGGUGCCGAGAUCACUGAAAGCCCUGUCAAUGUCUCUUCGCUUGUGGUGCCGGCCAUGACCAAUGUUCAUACUGCUCUGAAGAAAGCCGGGUUACACAAAAGGAUCAAAGUGUCGAGUACUCAUUCGCUUGGAGUGUUAUCUAGAUCCUUUCCACCAUCUGCUGGGGCUUUCAACAGCAGCUAUGCUUUCUUUUUGAAACCAAUGCUGGAGUUUCUUGUGGAGAACCAAUCACCAUUCAUGGUGGAUCUCUAUCCUUACUAUGCUUAUAGGGACUCGCCGAGCAAUGUCUCCUUGAAUUAUGCACUGUUCUCAUCAUCGUCUUCCGAUGUCAUUGAUCCAAAUACUGGUUUGGUUUACUCCAACAUGUUCGAUGCUCAGCUGGAUGCUAUCUUUUUUGCUCUUAUGGCUCUAAAUUUUAGAACUUUGAAGGUUAUGGUUACUGAAUCAGGGUGGCCUAACAAGGGAUCUGCCAAAGAAACUGCUGCAACUCCAGAUAAUGCUCAGACUUACAACACCAAUCUUAUUCGCCAUGUCAUCAAUGAUACGGGGACUCCGGCAAAGCCUGGGGAGGAGAUUGAUGUCUAUAUAUUUUCAUUGUUCAAUGAGAAUAGGAAGCCUGGGCUGGAAUCAGAAAGGAACUGGGGGCUGUUUUACCCUGACCAAACUAGCAUUUAUAGUCUUGACUUGACUGGUAGAGGGAAUGUGGAUGUCAUUACAGGGGCAAACAUUACAAGUUCAAAUGGAACAUGGUGUGUUGCUUCAAGCAAUGCUUCAGAAUUGGAUUUGCAAAAUGCCUUGGAUUGGGCUUGUGGUCCUGGCAAUGUUGAUUGUUCGGCGAUUCAGCCGAGCCAGCCUUGUUAUCAACCGGAUACUUUGCUCUCUCAUGCUUCAUAUGCUUUCAAUAGCUAUUAUCAGCAGAAUGGGGCUACUGAUGUUGCUUGUAGCUUUGGUGGUACAGGGGUAAAGAUCACAAAAGAUCCAAGUUAUGAUAAAUGCGUUUAUGCAACCUCAGGUAAAUUGAGCAGCGGAAAUUCUACAGCGCCAGCUGUUUCAUCAAGCGCCUAUGGUAAUAUCCUCAAGGAGCUUAUGGCGGUCCUGCUGUUUAUGCUGUCACUCUCACUUGUUCCUGUUCUGGGCAUUGCCUGAAGUGCUCAUAGUUUGGGUUCCUUUGAGGAGAAUUUUUGUUUGAGAGAAAUGGAUGGAUGGAUGGGGAGGAGGCAGCCUCAAAAUAGAAAUAUUAUCUUGGGUAUCUCAUGGUGGCAAGGAGAUGUAUCCAUAUGGAUGUACAUUCAUUCUCUGAUUAAGUGCUGGUUGGAAUGGCUUAAUUGUACAAUUUUUUGGGGCACCUUGUAUUGUUGGAUCAUGAGCAGGGAACUUUUGAAUGCUGUGAUUUUGGCUUUGGAAGGAUAAAAACCUCACAGAAUCCAUUACCAAGAU